UUCCUAAAUUUUCAACCAAAAUACUUAACUUUCACAUCUGAGUCCUUGCUCUCUUUCUCUCCACCCUUCGGUUGGCGUCUCCUCCGGCAACCCAAUCUUAACACUUCAACACCCUUCAACGCCUUCGAACGCUUCUGCGUUAGCUUCAAACAGUGUGCUUCUUCUUAUUAUUUUCUUAUUUUUGGCAAAUUUUAGUUUUUUUUGGAAAUUCAACUGCCGCUCAGGUCGUCUCCUUUCUCUUCGAACCCUCCAAUCCUACCGCAGAGUAACCCAGUUGGAUAAUUCAAUUUUGAAUGGAUUCUGGAGGCAAUUCGCUGCCUUCUGGUCCUGAUGGAGUGAAGAGAAAGGUGUCCUAUUUCUAUGACCCAGAAGUGGGUAAUUACUAUUAUGGGCAGGGCCACCCAAUGAAGCCCCAUCGCAUCAGAAUGACCCAUGCUCUGCUUGCCCAUUAUGGUUUGCUCCAGCAUAUGCAGGUGCUCAAGCCCUACCCUGCCAGGGAUAGGGACCUAUGCCGCUUCCAUGCCGAUGAUUACGUGUCUUUUCUUAGGAGUAUCACCCCUGAAACCCAGCAGGACCAGCUGAGGCAGCUCAAGCGUUUCAAUGUUGGGGAAGAUUGCCCUGUAUUUGAUGGUCUUUACAACUUUUGCCAGACCUAUGCUGGUGGCUCUGUUGGUGGUUCAGUCAAGUUGAAUCAUGGUCUCUGUGAUAUUGCUAUUAACUGGGCUGGUGGCCUGCACCAUGCUAAGAAGUGUGAGGCUUCUGGCUUUUGUUAUGUCAACGAUAUUGUUUUGGCAAUCUUGGAGCUUCUUAAACAGCACGAGCGUGUUUUAUAUGUGGACAUUGAUAUACACCAUGGAGAUGGUGUGGAGGAGGCAUUUUACACAACUGAUAGAGUUAUGACUGUUUCUUUCCACAAAUUUGGAGAUUAUUUUCCUGGUACAGGGGACAUACGUGAUGUUGGAUAUUCAAAAGGGAAAUACUACUCUCUUAAUGUUCCGCUGGAUGAUGGGAUUGAUGAUGAGAGCUACCACUUCUUGUUCAAACCACUCAUUGGGAAGGUUAUGGAAGUUUUUAGGCCUGGUGCUGUGGUUCUUCAGUGUGGUGCUGACUCUUUAUCUGGGGACAGGUUGGGAUGCUUCAAUCUUUCAAUUAAGGGACAUGCGGAUUGUGUCAGAUAUAUGAGAUCGUUCAAUGUCCCAUUGCUACUUCUAGGUGGUGGGGGCUAUACCAUUAGGAAUGUUGCACGCUGCUGGUGCUAUGAGACAGGGGUUGCACUUGGAGUCGAAGUUGAUGAUAAAAUGCCACAGCAUGAGUAUUAUGAAUAUUUUGGCCCGGAUUAUACUCUUCAUGUUGCCCCUAGUAACAUGGAAAACAAGAAUUCACGACAAUUGCUUGAGGACAUACGGACUAAGCUACUUGAUAAUCUGACAAAACUCCAGCAUGCACCUAGCGUCCAAUUUCAGGAAAGACCUCCUGAUACUGAGUUGCCAGAGGCGGAUGAAGAUCAAGAUGAUGGAGAUGAGAGAUGGGAUCCAGAUUCUGACAUGGAUGUGGAUGAUGAACGCAAGCCUUUACCAAGCAGAGUAAAGAAAGAAAUUGUUGAAACUGAGGUUAAAGAUCAGGAGAGUCAAAAAGGAAAUGCAGAGAAUGCUAGAGGCUAUGAUGCUAUAGGGAAUGAGACUACCGGUGCGAAGGCCAUAGAUACGGGUGUUAAUGCCAUGGCCAUAGAUGAACCGAGUGUGAAAGUUGAGCAAGAUACUUCCAACAAGCCAGCUGAUCAGAUUUAAACUCUACCGACUAGCAAAGUCAAAGCUAAUGGAAAUCAUUUUACUAGAAAGUCAACUGGGUAGUGAAAUUGUGCAGUAGGAUCAUUUGUUGUGCAUUUCAAGUAUUUUGUCGAUGAGUACGUACAGAUAUGGGUAAAUAGUUGUGAUGACUUGUACCCUGAAUUAACCACUGUAUUCUUUUCUCUAUAAUUGUCAUUACAAUUAUUAUUACUUUUUCAAA